UUUCCCCGUUUUUCCCAAGUAGCUUUUCCUUUGCUUUGAAGAAAGAAAAAGAAGAAAAGAGGAAAACGUACGGACAACAUGGGUCGAGCUCCUUGCUGUGACAAAGCCAACGUGAAGAAAGGACCAUGGUCACCUGAAGAAGAUGCUAAGCUCAAGGCUUAUAUCGAGAAGUAUGGCACUGGAGGCAAUUGGAUUGCUCUUCCUCAGAAAAUUGGCCUUAAGAGAUGUGGAAAGAGUUGCAGGCUCAGAUGGCUUAAUUAUUUGAGACCAAACAUCAAGCAUGGUGGAUUCUCCGAAGAAGAAGACAACAUCAUCUGCAGCCUCUAUAUAAGUAUUGGAAGCAGGUGGUCUAUAAUUGCAGCACAACUGCCUGGUAGAACAGAUAAUGAUAUCAAAAACUACUGGAACACCAAACUGAAGAAGAAACUACUUGGGAGGCGCAAACAAUCUAACAUCAAUAGGUUGUCGUCCUCGAAUCAGGACCCUAAUGUUCAGUUCAAAGGGGCAGAUGAUAAUCAAUUCUCACAGGGUUUGAGCAACUCGGCCUUAGAACGACUACAACUCCAUAUGCAGCUCCAAGGUCUUCAGAAUCCUUUCUCUUUCUACGACAACCCUGCUCUAUGGCCUAAGAUUCAUCCCUUGCAAGAAAAGAUGAUCCAAAGCAUCCAGACCUCGAAUGGAAGCCCUAACCUUCUUAUACAACCUCUCCUGCCAAACCCUCAACCUGCAAAUGAACAAAGCGUUGAUGAUUUAUAUGACCAACCUGCUACAGCUUCUCUGACACAAGAUCAGCAAGAUUAUCCAAAAAACAGCAAAGCCAAAGGACUUGAAUUGGAUAAUUCUUUGGAUGGAAUAUCUCCAUCAAAUGAAUCAGUUCCCUUUGGCACUGGACAAAAUUUGAAGGACUCGGCAACUGUGCCUAACGCAGAUGGAAAUAUAGCACAAUCAAUUAAUGCAGCUGUUCAACCAGUUUCGAACUUCCAGUUCCAGACCGAGCUGGAUGAGUUUCUUAAUAACAAAACAGCUAGUUAUGCACCACAGGAAUACCAAAUGGCUGAUCAAUUCGAUUGCUUCAAGGAGAUGAAUGGUUCAAAGGACAGUUUGAUUUGGUGGUCUAGUGACUUUGAUGGAAAAUCAGCAUCUUCCAAUUCUUGGGAUUCAACUUCUGUUCUUCAAUCCAAUGGAAUAUUUCAAGAUUAUGAAUUAGGUUACAAUAUGUAGGGAGUGAGAAAGAUAAAAGCAAAAAAAAAAGAAAAGUAGGG